ACCUGACCCCCCCGACCCCCCCUCCAGCCGGCCCGGGUCUCCCUAGCUCCCUUUCUCUGAGCCCUCUCCUCAAAACCCCACCGUCCUCUGUACUUUUCCCCUCUGCCCCUCCCUCCCCACCUUGUUGAUCCCUUUUUCCUGCUACUUCACGUAAAAUGAAUAGAAGAGAUCUGUCCUGGUGCUGAUCACGUCUCUAUUCACUUCAUGAAUAAUACAGUUAUUGUUCUAGUAACUUCGUAUUAGCAUUGUCGUGAGGUUUUUCGUCCCUUGCGCUUUUUGAUGCCUCCUUUCCCCAAAGAAAAAAAUCCAAGUCAUUUCACAGAGCAGAACUCUUCUAUUCACUUCAGUGUGGGCACUGUUAAAUGCACUAGUGUAGAUUAUUCCCAUUGCUUGAAUUUUUCCAUAAUUUGCUCUGAUGUCCGUUGCCCUUUUUAUUCCCCCCUCCAAAUAACAAAUAAUACUGAAAGUCGUCUGUGAGAGAGGGGAGUUGGUAGAGUCUAGUGCACGUCCUCGUUACAGAAGCUUCAAAAAGUCAUUUGUUCAGUGGCAGUUUAUGUGGCUUUUUUGAAGUUUUGAGCUAGUCAGACUGAUGGACUGCUUGGCAGCUCAGCUCUGCUGAGGUUUUUACACUUUCUGCUCAAAGUUGUUAUUUAUUUGUAAUAGGCACCAGUAAAUAUCUCCUGGUAGUCUCAUCGUUAUAAAUUGCUUUACAUUAAUGCACUUUUGUUAGGAAAAGCAGGACUUCGUGCUGCAAAUUUUAUUUCAACUGAUGAGUUGCAGUUGAAUGCUCUUUGUUCAUUGUUAACUUUAUUACACCUGUGUCUAGCAACCUACAUGUUAAAUUGCAUUUGCAGAACAGGAAAUGUCAAUAGUAAUGUGUAUUAUACAUGUUUAAUUUGGCACUGCAUUUAGUUCUUGUUAACAUGGGGUUUUGCCAAUACCAAUAUCACUUCUUUAGAUCCUUGGCUUUGUAUAAAAUAUCACCUAGAAAAGUUAGUGAUAGUUUAAACUCACAUACAGACUACUGAGCGGUGAAACUACACUUUUACUCAACAGUGAGUGCAAUAACACUUAGCACUCUUAUAAAACAUUUAUUUACAGUGUUUGUUAAUGUUAAUUGAAGCUAUUUUCUAGGAUGCUCAUUCAAAUGUAAUGAAAGCUAACAGUGAUUGGAAAUUGUCACUCUUGUGCAGUGGGUGGAGUUAGUCAAUGGCUCAGUCUUGAUCCUGGCAGACAGUUCAGAGUUCUGUAGUUACUACAAGGGUAUUAUUUUAGCAAGAAGUGUAAAGAUGGUAGUGUGAGCUAUUCGCCUUUCAUGUUUCUAAGGUGCCUAUCGCUGUCAGAGUUGCAGCUAAUUACCUUUUGGGUGGCAUCCCCAGAGCAGAGCUGCUGCGUGCCAGCAAUGCAGUGGUGCAAAUUCUAGCUCAUAGCACUUCGGCUUACCUUAGUUCACUCUCCAGGCUUCUUCUGAAGAAAUCCUUUAGUCUGAGAGCUCUCUAUCAAAAAUUGCAUUCUGCCCUGGAAGAUGCAUUCUCAUGUGGACAGUCAACCACUCCUUAAACUCGGAUAAUCAAAGCAGCAUUCUUAACAAUAUAGUCCUAUUUCAAAAGCUUGGUAUAGGAUAAAAGAGAUCAGUAGUUAAAGCCUGCUGCUUUGUUAAACCACAAGUAUUUUGUCCUUGGUUUAGAUCUGCUUGCUUUAUUAAUCUUUGAGUGAAAUAUCCUACUGCACACACAUACCUUCUACAGUACAAAGACUGAUGAGUAGAGAAGGUGCAGAUAUGUUGCAGAUGCUAGCUUUUUGUGUUUUUUCAGGUGCAUGUAGGAUUAACAUUACCUGAAACUAGACUAUAAGUGAAGUGUGUACAUAAGUGAGCGUACGCUACAUUUGCUUUUGCUUUUUGUCUUUUGCUGUCUGUUUUAUCCUGUGAUAACUGGGGUGCUUGUCAAUAAAUGUCUUACAAAGCUUGUAUGUGCAUCUUCCAAUCAUAAUCAAACCUUCUAACUCACCAGUGGAUGUUGAAUACUGCAGUCAAAUUGCCCUUGCUGUCACACUUCAAUAUAUUCUAUUGCAGUUUUUCUACCUGAAAUUUUAGUAACUAGAAACUUCACUGUGCAGUUACUUUGGAAACCAAACCAAGCUUUUAACUUGAUCUCUUAUGUUCUUUCUGUUUACCAAGCAACUGAAAUAUUUUUUUUAAAAGUUUGUGCAUCAAGCAAAAUGCUGACUUAAAAUGUGCAAUAUCAUGAUGUAUUUAUUGAAUAGUUGUGUUUUAAAAGCCAAUUUGUUUUGUUCUUGGUAAACCAUCAUGCUUAAAAAAUAAAUUAGUAUUUUCUCAACUGACCAUACCCUAUAUCUGUCCUAUGUCUCUUUUCCCUUUUAUCUUUUGCUGUCUCUAACUGGAUGGGGCUGAUGGGAUCCACAAAACACUUCAGGAGCUGGAUGAGCUUGCUGAUGAUCGUAUGGCACUGGUAUCAGGAAUAAGUUUAGAUCCUGAAGCAGCAAUUGGAGUAACAAAACGCUUACCUCCCAAAUGGGUUGAUGGAGCAGACGAAAUUCAGUAUGAUAUCGCCAGGGUUAAACAGAAGAUGAAAGAAUUAGCCAGUCUUCAUGAUAAACAUCUAAACAGACCAACACUGGAUGACAGCAGUGAAGAAGAACGGGCAAUAGAAAUAACAACCCAAGAGAUCACACAGUUAUUUCACAGAUGUCAGAGAGCAGUCCAGGUCUUGCAGAGCAGGUCACGUAGUUGUACAGAACAAGAAGCACGUGUUCUCAGGAAUGUAGUGUCUUCCUUAGCACAGUCCCUUCAGGACCUAUCCACCAACUUUAGGCAUGCACAGUCUGACUAUCUCAAACGCAUGAAGAAUAGAGAAGAAAGAUCCAAACACUUCUUCGACACCUCAGUCCCGCUGAUGGAUGAUGGGGAGGAUGAUACACUUUACGAUAGAGGUUUUACAGAUGACCAGCUAGCAUUGGUGGAGCAAAACACAUUGAUGGUGGAAGAGCGGGAACGAGAAAUCCGUCAGAUUGUACAGUCAAUCUCUGAUCUCAAUGAAAUAUUUAGGGACCUGGGAGCAAUGAUAGUAGAACAGGGAACAGUUCUAGAUAGAAUUGACUACAAUGUCGAACAGUCAUGUAUGAAAACUGAAGAGGGUCUCAAACAACUACACAAGGCAGAGCAAUAUCAAAAGAAGAAUCGGAAGAUGCUUGUUAUUUUAAUUUUGUUUGUUAUAGUAAUUGUCCUUAUUGUUGUUCUUAUUGGUGUAAAGUCACAUUAGGUUUCACUUCAUUUUCUCAUUUUUGGAGUUUAUGUGAACUUUUUUCCCCAAUGUGAAUGGAUGGACCUGCACUCCAGAAAGCUGCCUUUUGAAUGUAUAAGCCCUUGUGGUGCAAAGUCAGUGCAAUGUUUCUGUAGAAUUCUUCAAAGUACAAGUUUGGUGAUCUGUGAGGUGGUUUUAAGGAUUAUAUGGAAAAUAUCAGGAAAUUCGAUGCUCCCACACAAAUAAUUUGGCGCUUUUAUGCAGAGGUAUUUGGAAACACGGUACUUAAAAAUAAUGACAAAAUUGAAGUUUACCAGUGAGUACAGUAAUUAGUGUGUUGCUGUGAACAAAAAUGUGUUGUCUUCUGUAUUCUUAGUCACAAUUGUUACAGGCUUCAAAUUUAAACCAUGUUUCUGAGUCUUGGGACUAGAUAACAAAAAUUGACCUAGAUGUAAAAUAUGUUGAGGCACAAAAAUGUUUGGCUUCAUCUCCUUUCUUCCAGACUCAAAAACUCCAAGAACUGGAUAGACAGCUAAAAAAGAAAGCUUUUAGCAACCAGAAUGUAAUCCGACCCCUGUGAUCUUAAUUUAGAUACUGCGCCAUUACUAAGAAUGAGUAGUGCUUGAUCUUGUAAAUAACAAGAUUUAAUCACUGGGAUAAUUUAACACAUUUAGUUAAUUAAAAAAAAUUUCUGAGCUUGAGUAAUCAUGGGAAUGCUUUUCCUCACCAGAAUGAUCAUAUAUAUUUUUGCAUGUACAAUUUUUUUUUAGUUUGAAGUACAGACAUCACAUUAAAGCAGUGGUGAAGUUAAACAUAAAAAAUGGAGUAGAAAGCUGAAAGGAGAAUCUCUCUCUGACCUCAGAUGUUUCAAACUUUAGUUGUUGUAUAAGCUGUUUAUUUUACAGUGCAUCUGCCCAUAUGUAUUAUGUUUUUUUUAUAAGAAGUGACUUCACUACAGUAUAUAUUACAUCCAUUUUCCCUGACAGAAGAUUAUUUCUUUCAAAUGUCUGCCUGGAAGAGGACGUGUUUAUGGUCUCUUACUGACCAUGAGAUGUCACACAAGUGACAUGUUACUAGGCCUUCAGUAGAGAAUUUGGGGUUGUUUUCACUAUGUUUUUCAGUGGAAGACUUUGCUGUAGGCCAUAAAAGAGAAAUCAGGGCAACAUCUAAUAGAAUACUCCUGAUUUAAUUCAGGCCUGAAGUGGUGUGCAAUUGUAGAGGCCUUGUCUUAAUAUUUUUAAUAUGGCUUUUCUGUAUGGAUUUUCUUCCCCAAAGGGACUGUAACUUCCUUCCUUCACUUUGACUGAUACAGUGCUCCCCAUAAACUUGCAGAGAUGCUCUGCUCAAAGCCCCUGAAGUGCAGUUUCAUAAUACUAUGAUAUUAAUUUUGCAUAUGUUGCCUGCCCUGAGUUUAUCUUUACUAUGUACUAAGGAGGACUUUAAGAUGUGGCUUUAAACUGACUUGGUGCAGGAAUGGACCUGAAAGCAAAGACUACAAAGAUGUGAAAGCCUUGGCUUUUUGUGUGGCUUAUUGUGAAAAGCUUUGUACCACUUUUGUUACCUCUAGACAAAGGGGAUGUUGAACUUCCAAAACUGCCAGUUCAAACCCUUGAUUAAAUUCAUAAAGUAAAUUGGUAAAAGAAUGAUGCUUGUAGUUGGGUGUGCAGCUCCCCUGUUCUGGUAAUAGAUCUUUUCAAUGAUCGUGAGUAAAACUACUGUCUCCCUAGUGUGCUGUCUACAUCGGUUGGUAUGAAGCAGCAUAUUGCUAUAAUUUAAUAUACUGUAUUUGCAACUUUCUCUCUAACAUGAGAUUGUGUUAUUUAUUUCUGUCUUGACUGGUGCUUUUGACAUUUUAUCAUGGCUAAUGAAUUCAAAAGAGUAAUAAAACACUUCCAACCUAA